GCAGCGCGCGGGAGCGCGGCCCCGCAGCGGGCCGGCGGAGGGAGCAGCGUCGCGACCCGGCCCGGAGAGUGACCCGGGCCCGAGAGUGAACCGGCCCGAGAGCGAUCCGGCUCCAAGAGCGAUCCAGCCCCGAGAACAAUCCGGCCAGAGCGCGGACCCCGGCCCCGAGCGCGGCCUCGCCUGCCUCGCCCGCCCCGGCCGCCGGGCCUCGGGCAUGGACGGCGCCCGCUCGCUCUAGAUGGACGGCGAUGGCGGCCGCCGAGACGCCCCCGGCGCGCUGAUGGAGGCCGGGCGCGGCGCGGGGCCCGCGGGCAUGGCGGAGCCGGCGGCGGGGCCGAGGGCGCGGGCGGCGCGGCCCGGGCCCCAGCGCUUCCUGCGGCGCAGCGUGGUGGAGUCGGACCAGGAGGAGCCGCCGGGCCUGGAGGCGGCCGAGGCGCCGGGCGCGCAGCCCUCGCAGCCGCUGCAGCGCCGGGUGAUGCUUCUCUGCAAGACGCGCCGCCUCAUCGCUGAGCGCGCCCGCGGCCGCCCCGCCGCGCCCGCCGCCCCCGCGCCCGCCGCGCCGCCCGGAGCCCCCGCCGACCCCGGCCCCGAGCCCGCCGGCGCGCAGGACCCCGGCCCGGACCCGGCGCCCGUGCCCGACGGCGGCGCCCGGGACGAAGAGGCCGCGGCCGCGAGAAAGGAGGACGCGGGGGCGCCGGAGGCGAGGCCGGAGCCCGGGCGCUCACGCCGGGACGAGCCCGAGGAGGAGAAGGACGACGAGGACGACCUCAAGGCCGUGGCCACCUCUCUGGAUGGUCGCUUCCUCAAGUUCGACAUCGAGCUGGGCCGCGGCUCCUUCAAGACGGUCUACAAGGGCCUGGACACCGAGACCUGGGUGGAGGUGGCGUGGUGCGAGCUGCAGGACCGGAAACUCACCAAGCUGGAGAGGCAGCGGUUCAAGGAGGAGGCUGAGAUGCUGAAGGGCCUGCAGCACCCCAACAUCGUGCGCUUCUAUGACUUCUGGGAGUCCAGCGCCAGGGGGAAGCGGUGCAUUGUGCUGGUGACCGAGCUGAUGACCUCGGGGACCCUGAAGACGUACCUGAAGAGGUUCAAGGUGAUGAAGCCCAAGGUCUUGCGCAGCUGGUGCCGGCAGAUCCUCAAGGGGCUGCUGUUCCUGCACACGAGGACGCCCCCCAUCAUCCACCGGGACCUCAAGUGCGACAACAUCUUCAUCACUGGGCCCACAGGCUCUGUGAAGAUCGGCGACUUGGGCCUGGCCACCCUCAAGAGAGCGUCCUUUGCGAAGAGUGUGAUCGGUACCCCUGAGUUCAUGGCCCCCGAGAUGUACGAGGAGCACUACGACGAGUCUGUGGACGUGUACGCCUUCGGGAUGUGCAUGCUGGAGAUGGCCACCUCGGAGUACCCCUACUCGGAGUGCCAGAACGCCGCCCAGAUCUACCGCAAGGUCACCUGUGGCAUCAAGCCGGCCAGCUUUGAGAAGGUGCAUGAUCCCGAAAUCAAGGAGAUCAUUGGGGAGUGCAUCUGCAAAAACAAGGAGGAGAGGUACGAGAUCAAGGACCUGCUCAGCCAUGCCUUCUUUGCGGAGGACACGGGCGUGAGAGUGGAGCUGGCGGAGGAGGACCACGGCAGGAAGUCCACCAUCGCCCUGCGGCUCUGGGUCGAGGACCCCAAGAAACUGAAGGGCAAGCCCAAGGACAACGGGGCCAUUGAGUUCACCUUUGACCUGGAGAGGGAGACGCCGGACGACGUGGCGCAGGAGAUGAUUGAGUCAGGAUUCUUCCACGAGAGCGACCUGAAGAUUGUGGCCAAGUCCAUCCGUGACCGCGUGGCCUUGAUCCAGUGGCGGCGGGAGAGGAUCUGGCCGGCGCUGCAGCCCCAGGAGCCGCGGGACCCGGGCAGCCCCGACAAGGCCAGGGGCCUGCCCGCACCCCUGCAGGUCCAGGUGACCUACCACUCGCAGGCUGGGCCGCCGGAGCCCGAGGAGCCCGAGGCCGACCAGCACCUCCUCCCCCCUGCGCUGCCGGCCAGCGCCACCUCCCUGGCCUCCGACAGCACCUUCGACAGCGGCCAGGGCUCCACCGUCUACUCAGACUCGCAGAGCAGCCAGCGGAGCGGGGCGCUGGGCUCGCUGGCAGAUGCGGCGCCCCCCGCUCAGUGCGUGUGCAGCCCCCCCGUGAGUGCCAGCGCCAGCGACGGGCCCGGCCUGCCGCCCAGCCUGCCCGGGCUGGGGUCCUACCAGCAGCCCGCCUCGCCUGGCCUGCCGGUGGGCUCCGUCCCGCCCCCCACCCAUCCUCCACUCCCACAGCAGCGUUUCCCAGAGCCGGCCGUGAGCUUCGCCCCUGUGCCAACCGGCCCAGGCCAGUCCACACCCCCCAGCCACCAGCCUCCUCCGCUGGCCCAGCCGGUGCCCCUGCCGCAGGUCCUGGCCCCACAGGGCCCUCUCCAGCCGGUGGCCCCCCUCCUGCCUCCGUACCUGCCUCCGACCUCCCAGGUGGUGGCCCCUGCUCAGCUGAAGCCCCUCCAGAUGCCGCCGCCCCUGCAGGAUCUGCCUCAAGUCCCUCCGCAGAUGCCUCCGCUUCCUGUCGCCCCCCCAGUUGCUUCUCUGGCCACAAUCGACAGCCUCCCCGCAGCCGUCCCCGACCUGCCGGCCGCCAGCGGGCCCACUGUGCCUCCCCACUCUCAGUAUUUCUCUCCGGCCGUCAUCUUGCCGAGCCUCCCGCUCACCGCCGCCGCUGCCCCCCUGCCCGCGUCGCCGGCCCUGCCUCUGCAGGCGGUCAAGCUGCCCCACCCCCCUGGGGCACCGCUGGCUGUGCCGUGCAGGACCAUCGUGCCAAAUGUGGUGGCCACCACCACCGCCAUCCCUCUGCUGGCCGUGGCCCCGCAGGGCAUGGCUGCUCUGUCCAUUCACCCUGCCGUGGCCCAGCUCCCAGCUCAGCCCGUGUACCCAGCGGCCUUUCCACAGAUGGUGCCCGGUGAUGUCCCGCCUUCUCCCCUGCAUGUGGUACAGACCGUGCGGGCUGCCCCUCCGAAGCCGGUGCCACCCACGCUGCCGCAGCCCCACCAGCCUAGCAUCGCUCGCCUUCCGGAGCAGGCUGCUCCGGCCACCAGUGCUGGGAGCCAGAUCCUGCUUGGCCACCCACCUCCAUAUGCUGUGGACAUCACCGCCCAGGUCCCUACACUGCCCACACCGGCUGCCAUCCUCUCCCCACCUCUACCAGAAGUGCUGCCACCUGCUGGCCCCGAGCUCCUGCCUCAGCUCCCUGGCUCCCUGGUCCCCGCGGUGGUGGCGGCUGCUCAGAGCUUGCCUGUCCAGACCGCCACGCUCCUGCCACCUGCUAAUCCACCGCUGGCCAGUGGGCCCGGGAUCACCGGCCUCUGCCCGGCUGUCCAGCUGACUGUGGAGCCGGCCCUGGAGGAGCAGGCCUCUCAGGACAAGCAGCCCGGUCUCCUCCAGAGCUGUGAGAGCCUCGGAGGUUCCGACGUCGCCUCUGGAAGAGAGAUGAGCGACAGCUGUGAAGGUGCGUUUGGUGGGGGGAAGCUGGAAGGCAAGGCCGUCCGGAAACAUCACCGCAGGUCCACGCGUGUGCGCUCCCGCCAGGAGAGGGCCAGCCGGCCCCGGCUGACCAUCCUGAACGUGUGCAACACGGGAGACAAGAUGGUGGAGUGCCAGCUGGAGACGCACAACCACAGGAUGGUGACGUUCAAGUUUGACCUGGACGGGGACGCGCCUGACGAGAUUGCCACCUACAUGGUGGAGCACGACUUCAUCCUGCAGGCCGAGCGGGAGACGUUCAUCGAGCAGAUGAAGGACGUCAUGGACAAGGCGGAAGACAUGCUCAGCGAGGACACGGACGUGGACCGUGGCUCUGACCCCGGGGUGAGCCCGCCACACAUCAGCACCUGCGGCCUGGGCGCCGGGGAGGAGAGUCGCCAGUCCCAAGCGAACGCGCCGGUGUAUCAGCAGAACGUCCUGCACACCGGGAAGAGGUGGUUUAUCAUCUGUCCGGUGGCUGAGCACCCAGCGGCAGAGGCCCCCAAAUCCUCGCCCCCACUUCCUCUGAGCUCCCUGCAGCCGGAAGCCAGCCAAGAUUCAGUGCCCUCAAAAGACCAGCUGUCCUUGAAGGAAAAACCCGGCUUCCUGGCCGGUCCACAGCGCCUGAGCCAGGCAGGCCCCAGGGAGGCCCCUGGCGGUGCACCGGCCCCCUUGGUGCCAUCUUCCCCUCCUGUGACUGCUGUGCCCCAGGACACGGCCGCACCAGCCGCCAGCCCCAAGCCAGAACCAGCAAUGGGGUCUGCCGUGCAGGCAGGGGCACCUGGGACCCCUCAGGGGCCGGCCAGCGAGCGCGAGACCCCCCAGCCACUGGCAGAGACUCAUGACGCCCAGACUGCCGCACAGCCCCUGGGCGAGGACCGAAGGCCUUGCGCCCCACCUCCAGAGGCCCCCCGCCUCCCCACGGGUCUGGGGGAGCCCAUCUCAGCCUGGGAGGCCAGUGCCCACGGGGAGACCCUGCCGGCUACGGCUCCUGGGCCCGGCGUGCCCGGUGGAGCCCCUCAGCCUGCCCUGGGCCAGCCCCUGCCCCUGCUCCCCGCCGCGGUGGGGGCCAUCAGCCUGGCCCCCCCACAACUCCCCAGCCCCCCGCUGGGGCCCGCUCCCCCCCCGCAGCCGCCCUCUGCCUUGGAGUCGGAUGGGGAGGGUCUGCUGCCCAGGGUGGGCUUCGUGGACAGCACAAUCAAGAGCCUGGAUGAGAAGCUGCGCACUCUGCUCUACCAGGAGCAUGUGCCCACCUCCUCGGCCUCAGCCGGGACCCCAGUGGAGGCCGGUGACCGAGACUUUGCUCUGGAGCCCCCGAGAGGGGACCAGCCCCACACAGAGGCCUCCGGGGAGGACCUAGCCUUGCCUGCCCAGCUUGUGUUGGAAAAGUCAGAAAUGGCCCUUGCACGAGGGGCCCCGCGGGAGCAGGCCAUGUCCUCACCGAUGACAGCAGAAUCGUCUUUGAGUAACAUGCUGGCUCUGCUGGGCUCUGAUCGAAGACAGGUGGCCUCAGAUUUGCCUGCAGCCCCCAGCGCCCCCCAGGAUGCCCCCGCUUCUGCCAUCCCUGCAAGUCUGGAGCCCAGAGACUGGAGCAGCGGAGUCCCCAGGGAAGCUUCAGCUGAGCCCACACGGAGCUGCCUGGGGACACUGACAGAGGGCGGCCAGGCCAGCCACCCCGAGACGCCUGGUCCUCUGGCCUCGAGGUCCCCGCGGAAGUGGCCAGCACAGCAGGAUGGCAGCUCGCCAGCCAAAACUGUGGGUCGGUUCUCUGUGGUCAGCACCCAGGACGAGUGGACCCUGGCCUCCCCCAACAGCCUGCGGUACUCAGCCCCACCGGAUGUGUACCUGGACGAGGCCCCCCACAGCCCUGACGUGAAGCUGGCCGUGCGGCGGGCGCAGACGGCCUCCACCAUUGAGGUCGGUGUAGGCGAGCCCAUGUCCAGUGACUCCGGGGACGAAUGCCUGCACCCGAGGCCGCCCGUGCAGGAGCAUGCCUCCCUGCCCGGCAGUGGUGGCAGCAUGGCCAGUGACUUCGUGAAGAAAGCCACCGCCUUCCUGCAAAGGUCCUCACGGGCUGGCUCCCCAGGCCCCGAGACACCAAGCAGGACUGGCGUGAAGGUCCCCACCAUCAGCGUGACCUCCUUCCACUCCCAGUCAUCCUACAUCAGCAGUGACAACGACUCAGAGAUUGAGGACGCUGACAUCAGGAAGGAGCUGCAGACUCUGCGAGAGAAGCACCUGAAGGAGAUCUCGGAGCUGCAGAGCCAGCAGAAGCAGGAGAUCGAGGCCCUGUACCGCCGCCUGGGCAAGCCGCUGCCUCCCAACCUGGGCCUCUUCCACACGGCGCCCCCAGCUGGCCGCCGGAGAAAGACCAGCAAGAGCAAGCUGAAGGCGGGGAAGUUGCUGAACCCGCUGGUGCAGCAGCUCAAGGUCGUGGCCUCCAGCACAGGUCACUUGUCAGAAUGCGGCAGAGCCCCUCCUGCUAAGGACCCUGCCCACGCGGGGGCGGGGCCCACGGCAGCUCCAGACCCGAGUGGGAAGGCAGUUCAGACUCAGCAGCCCUGCUCCGUGCGGGCCUCCCUGUCUGCGGACAUCUGCUCCGGCUUAGCCAGUGAUGGAGGCGGAGCGCACGGCCCAGGCUGGACGGUUUACCACCCAACGUCUGAGAGAGUGACCUAUAAGUCUAGUAGCAAACCUCGCGCUCGAUUCCUCACUGGACCCGUGUCUGUGUCCAUCUGGUCCUCCACCAGCAGCCUGGUCCCAGGCCCCGAGCCAGGCCCCCAGCCGGCCCUGCACAUCCAGACGCAGGUGAACAACAGCAACAAUAAGAAAGGCACCUUCACGGACGACCUGCACAAGCUGGUGGACGAGUGGACGAGCAAGACAGCGGGCACCACGCAGCUGAAGCCGUCGCUCAACCAGCUGAAGCAGACACAGAAGCUGCAUGACAUGGAGGCCACGGCAGGCCGGCCCUCGGCCCCUGGCGAGGCCCGGGCUAUGAGCACGCCUCGAACAGCAGUGGGGACGCCGUGUCUGGCCCCAGCGCCUGGCCCUCUGCCCACCACGGUCAUUCCUGGAGCCGCCUCGGUCCUGCCUGUACCCAUGCCAGGUACUGCCCUCUCCGGCCUCCCAGCCCCACCCUGUGCACUGCCUCUGGGCCAGUACAGAAGCCUGCUCCCGACUCCAGUGUCCUGGGCACCCUGGGCAGCCCACGUGGGCAGCUGGAACCCCGCCUGGGGGCCAGGCAUGGGCACAGCGGGCGCCAUGCUUCCUGUGUCCUUGCAGCCGCCUUCAGUCAGUGAGCCCGGCCCCAGGCUGCGGAUCACGUAGCUUUCUGUCCAGCCACUUACCAGAUGGAACGCCUGAACUGAACAGCCCAGAGGAGCCGGGUGGUGGUUGGGCCUCUGCCUCCUGGCCCGCCUGCCCACGAGUGUGGGAGCCGGUGUGGGCGGCAUCCUCGCUUCCUUUAUUGCUGCAGACGCUGUCCCCUCCUAGUCCCCUGGUCUACACUCAGUCUCUGCACCUCCUCCUGUGCUUGAAUUGGUGGUUAGAACAUUGUGAUCAUCCUGCAGAAGUACAGUGCCUUGAAUUCCAGCUUUUCCGUUCCCUGAUGGAAAGAGAUGUUACAAAACAAUCAUAUAUUGGAAAAGGUGUAUUUCAUUUGUGAUCGGCUUGUGCGUUGAUAUCGUAGUUUCCCAUUUUAAGUUGCAGAAAGAUGAGUGGUUUACAAAUCUGAAGCUAAAGUCUGAUCUUUAGUUUUCUAUUGUAAAUGCCUUUUUGAAAAAAAAAUUGAAUUAUCCAUCUUGAAUAUUGAUGCGUUGCAAAUGCUAGGGAACUCUGCUUUGUAUUCAUAAAAUGAGGUCUCUCUGGGCUUCUGGGGGUGCUGAGAGCAGAGAGAUGGACACACACCCUAGGAUGUGUGGUUACUGGGCGGUGCGUUGCUAGUGGUAGGUGGUCUCCCAGUAAGGAAUGUCAGCCGCUGUGUUUGGCUGUGCGGAACCUGCUAGAAAGUGCUAGGUGAGCAGACACGCCCUCAGGACCCAAAGCCGGCUGGGCUGCUGUGAGUGUAGGGAGGGAAGCGAGUGUUUGGGUGCAGGAGCGCAGGUAGGGUGCCCACCCUGCAGAGAUAGCGCGGCUGCUUCUGCUGGGCGAUCCCGCUGACCCUCGUGCCGGCCUGCCUUCCUUCUCCUUUAUUUGCACUGAGGCCUGUGUCCGCCUGGGCCUUGCUCUGCUGAGUGCUCCCAGGAUGCUCCAUCCACCUCCAGCCCUGACUGCUCUCCAGGCACCAAGGCCACCCUGCCGGGGCGGGAGGGUUCCUCUCCUGGGGCUUUCAGUGGGGCUCAUCCCCGAGGGCACCAGACACCCCCAGAGGGAGCUGAGGGCCCCGCUCCUCACUGGCCAAGAUGCUUCCACCUCCUGCUGGGAGGGGCCUGGUUGGGCCACCCAGCCAUGACUUUAUAGUCCUGCUGUACUUUGGGACCUCACUAGGAGUGGCUAAAUUAUUUUGGUUUAAAUCUAUUAUUCCAUCAAUUCACUUAGAACUGAGUUUUCCAGGCGACUAGGCAGAAUCUUCUGCCAGGGCACAUGCUGUAGUAAGAGAUUUCUGUCCUCUCUGACGUGGCCCUGGGUCCCUUGUUGAGGAUCACGUGCGCCUGGUCCUGAGGCAGCCCCCCCCGCCCCCCCGCUGCACCGGACAUAGGAUUGGAGUCCCAGCUUUAUACACAGAUGGUCAGUGGCACAGAACCCCAAGAGACUGUAAAUAUGAAGGAGAAAAAUAAACAUUUUUGCUCGAAAACAGUGUGGAACAACAUCUUUUUCUUACCCUCUGUCCACGUAAAAGCCUAACCGGCCAGCCUCAUAGGGGGGACAGGAGCGGAUAGCCCGGGCAGGCAGUGCUGCCCUGUCCUGGGCGUAGUUUCACCACAGCUCCGUGCUCACGGUCGACACCUCGCCCAGGAGGCUAGGGUGGCUGAGAUGGGCGUGGGCGCCGAGUGGCGGGUGCCGUCUCCCUGGCUAGAGCCAGGUGUGGUGGAUGCUGA